CAAAAUUAUAUAUCUAGAUGCAGUACUGUGUCUCUUGUGCAAUCCACUCGAAGGUUGUUCGGGUGAGGUCUCGCACGGACAGGAGGAACCGUGAGCCGCCGCAGCGUUUUAGACGCCGGGAUGAUCUUGCAAGACCUGGUCAAGGUCCUCGUCCAGUUGCGGCUGGAAAUCCUGCUGCUCGUCCAUGAUGCCGAGGUUUUCUGUGGACUAUAUUGUGAGUAAAAUAAAGAAAAUUAUCCAUUUAUUAUCAUAUUUCUUGGUUUCUGUUUCAUGUUCCUACAACUCUGUUCGUCGAUGAUGUUUUUUCAUUAUCGAAAGAUCCAUAUUUCCGCAUUCUCGCAUCUUAACCAUCGAUCUACCUUAUGUCGGGUGGGGGGAUUACAUGGCCGAAUGGGAGUGGUGACGUGAUGCGAUACCGCCAACUCCUCCUCCGCCGCCGCCCCCCGCCCGCCUCUUCCGGACUUCAGACCCAUGUCGGAACCCCAAAGCAAGGAGCGACCUUUCAUCCCCCUCUCUCUCCUCUCACCCAGAGAAAGAACGUGCGGGCCUCUUGGCUACUGCGCGGACGGAGAUCAGAGGAUGUUGGUAUACGAGUACAUGCCUCUUGGCUCCUUAGAAGAUCAUUUGCUCGAGAUCAGUCCGGAUCAAGAACCACUCACUUGGUACACCAGGAUGAAGAUAGCUUUGGGUGCCGCCAAAGGCUUGGAGUACCUGCACCAGAAAGCCAAGCCCCCCGUCAUCUUCCGCGAUCUCAAGUCAUCCAACAUCUUGCUCGACGAGGACUAUGACGCGAAGCUCUCCGACUUCGGGCUCGCCAAGCUUGGCCCUGUGGGAGACGAGCUACAUGUCUCCUCCAGGGUCAUGGACACGUACGGCUACUGCGCGCCGGAGUACGCCAGAACCGGUCAGCUCACCCUGAAGUCGGAUGUGUACAGUUACGGGGUCGUCUUGCUGGAGCUGAUAACAGGGAGGCGAGCCAUCGACACCACCAGACCGACGGACGAACAGAAUCUGGUCACCUGGGCACAACCGAAGUUCAGGGAUCAGAUGAGGUACCGCGAGCUGGUCGAUCCGCUUCUUCGGGGGGAGUACGCCGAGAGAGGGCUGAAUCAGGCUGUCGCCGUGGCGGCUAUGUGCCUGCAGGAGGAGGCUGAGGUGCGCCCGUUCAUGACCGACGUGGUUGCGGCCUUUAGUCAUCUUACGGCAGCAUCGACCGAUAGUGAAGGGAGCAUCGAGAGAAGGGUGGACGGCGAGGGGAAGCGAGAUGAGAAGAUGGAUGGGGAUCGGCAGCGUGCUGUUGCAGAGGCCAUGGAUUGGGGUUCCGAGUUCAAGGCACGGCCAGGGGAACCUCCAUGAAGCCGGAGCUUAGUUCUCCGCUCUGGUCUCUUUCUCCUUUGCUUCCUCGAGUGGAUCAUAAACUAGCCAACGCAUGAGUAAUCAUAAUAUCAAAACAUUAAAUAGUUGA